CUCUUCCUAUACGGGACAUUUGUCUCAUGUGACCACGUGGUCGGACACGGUGUAAGUUCGAGAAGAUGCUGCAAAGAUUGGACAAGAAAAUAGAUGCUCUUACUAGCGGCAUGUUUCAUCAAGAAAACGAAACCGACUUACAGAAGUUAUUUAAAGCAGUGAAACGAGGUUUCUAUGAUAAAUGUGAAGAGCUGAUAGGAGAGUGCGGUGACGAUGUCUUCCAACAGACUGACGAAAAUAAAGCUACGAUUUUUCAUUGGGCUUGUCAUGGCGGACAUGUGGAACUGAUCAAACUUUUCAUCUCACUUCGCGCUCCCAUCAACAACCCUUGCCAAAACAAAGAAGCUAUGAGACCCAUUCACUGGGCAGCAACACGGGAACAGAUCGAAGCUGUUGACUUGCUUUUGAAAGAGGGUGUUCAUAUAGACGUGACAGACGGCACUGGCAGGAGUUCUCUGUUGGUUGCUGCAAUGGCUGGGAAAGCAAUGAUGGUCGGUUACUUGCUUGGAAAGGGAGCCGACAGGCACUUGUUAGAUGAAAAUGGGGAUUCUUGUCUACACUGGGCUGCAUACAAGGGGAAAAGUGAUCUUGUCCAGUUGCUGUUGUAUUCAGGACUUAAUCCUAGAUUAGUUGACUCUUAUGGACAGACACCUCUUCACUUGGCUUGUAUCAAUGGUGAUAUGAAAACAGUUGAGUUGCUUGUUGAUCAGGGAGUUGAACUGAGAGGGAAAGACAAGAAUGGAAAAACUCCCGUAAUACUAGCAGAAGGUCGUAAACACAAGCAUAUCAUUCGUUUUCUCAAGCAGAAGAUGAGCUUCAGAUCAUCAGUAAAUUUCCGGAAUUUGCUAUUUGGCACAGAAGGCAAGCAGAAAAUUGCCCUUUGGUUUUAUAUCACAUUGGUUGUUUUCUGGGGCUAUCCUACAUAUCUGUUAAAGGUCAUCCCUUGGUCACUAAAUACUCAUUUUGGUGCUCAUCUUUUGUUUUGGGUUACUAACAUCAUCAUGUGGGUUUUAUUCUUCUUUGCCAAUUGUUGUGAUCCCGGAUUCAUUGCAACAAACAGUGAGGAGUAUUCUAGAGCUUUACGAGAGGUAAGCAACUAUAAAUCAUGGGCAAAGGCAGAUACAUCUAGUCCUCUGGCCAGUCUAUGCCAUACAUGUCGAAUUGUAAAACCACCGCGCUCAAAACACUGCAGGGCAUGCAAUCGCUGCGUUAGCCACUUUGAUCAUCACUGUCCAUACAUCAACAACUGCAUCGGCUACAACAACAGGUCUGCUUUCUUGGGGUUCUUGUUCACUAACACAGUCACCAGUUUGUUUACUCUGUUUUGGGCUUUCAUCGCUCUCUAUCAUUCUGGACGUGAUUGGAUUGUUUUGCUUGGUGGAGGAGUGUGUCUGCUAUUGACACCAGGAGUGAUUUGCCUCUUUCUUUUCCAGGUUGUGAUCGCCGGAAGAAACUUGACAACAAAUGAGUGGUGGAACAUGAAUCGCUAUGCUGCAUUUCACACAUCUAAGGGGACAUUUCAGAAUCCUUACAGUCGUGGAAUUGUGAACAACUACCUUGAAUACUUUCAAGUCAUAAGGCCAAUGAAUAAUACAUACAAUCAACAGCAACAAGAGGACAUAGUUUAGCGCUGCUGACUGGAUCAGUUUUCACUACUUGUAAUAUUUUAUUUACUACGGGCUGCAAUUAAAUUGCUUUGUAUACACAAGAAUCAUAGGUACUCACUUGAAGCAUAACCGAACAUAUCCAAGUCUUUCUUGUAUUUUGCUACAAGUUUUUGAAUAAGAUCAGGUGGCACCUCCUUG